GUUAGCCAAUACAGUCCGGUGAGCGGGUGCCUGUGGUUCCGCUUCCACCCGAGCUAGACGGUCAUGGCCGGGCCGCCGGGCGGAGAGGGCCGGGCCGCCCUGGAGCUGGCCCAGGCUCGCUUCGACGAGGGGCAGUUAUCCGAAGCCCAGGAGCUGUACUCUGCGUUCAUUGGCCAGUACGCGAGUCACCGGAGCAAAUGCAGCCCUGAGGAUUUGGCCACCGCAUAUAACAACAGGGGGCAAACCAAGUACUUCAGCGUUGAUUUUUAUGAAGCCAUGGACGACUACACAUCUGCCAUAGAAAUCCUGCCCAACUUUGAAGUUCCGUAUUACAACAGAGGCUUGAUACGCUAUAGGUUGGGGUAUUUUGAUGAAGCUUUGGAAGAUUUCAAGAAAGCAUUAGACCUGAAUCCUGGAUUUCAAGAUGCUGUUUUGAGCUUAAAACAGACUAUUUUAGACAAAGAAGAAAAGCAAAGAAGAAAUGCUGAAAAAAGUUACUGAAACUUUUAGCUUAUUGAGAUUUUAACUCAUGAUCCUUAAAUCUGCAUGUGUUUGGCUCUAAGAUAGGCACAAAUGUAUUUUCAGUAUAUGUGAGAGAGUGUAUUUUAGAAGUGAAAGUAAAAUACUGUGUUUAUUAAUUUCAACAGACCAUGUUGGGUAGAUCUUUUCAUAGAGUAAAUAAAUAAUACCAAUGUAUAAAUGUAUAUUAUUACUGCAAAAUACUUAAAUAAAUGUGUAUUAUUUUUAGUAAAGGUUUUAC